CUGAAAAUAAUUUUGCACUCUGUUUAGCCUUUAUUAACAGCGCAAAAGACGAGAAGAAGAGAUGGGCGAAUUGGCAAUGAAAUGAUAUGAAUAAGAGAUUUUUCUUAGAUACCGGACAAAAUGGAGAGAUUAAAUUUCAAUGUGUUUCUUCUCAUUUUGGAAGAAAAGAAAGCAAAGAGGCAGAUGAACUAGCAAGAUUGGCAAAAAAAAGAGAACAAAAACAACUAUAACUCUAAAACACGAAUUACUAAAAUAGUCGCCACUUUAACACAUUAAAUCAACACAAACUGCUGCAGAUAUAUAUAUAUACUGUCCCUUUAUCAGCAACUGUGUGUGUGACUCCGAGACACAUGCUUCAUCAUAGUGAAGGGUCGUUAUUCCGCAAUUUAAAACCAAGCAAAUGCAUUGUGGGAUUUACUGCUAUUACUCCCGACCACUGACAGCUGCUGACGGUGUGAACGGGAAAAAUGAGGUUGUUACACAGCGAAAACAAGACAAUUUAAAGUUGUUUGAAGUCUACUGGCUGCAACAUGGACCCAUUUAUAGUCAACCUCACGAUAUCUCCUCGACUCACACCAGGGGUCGCACGAAGUUUAGCUAACGGUUUACGGAAAAGAACAACAGAGAGCGAGGCAAAGAACGUCGGAACCACAUGGACCCAACCACGAACUUGUUUUACUGGACUGCUGGCUGACGAUUUUUACCAGUUAAGUGCUGAAACGAGGCCUUAGUAGACAAAGCUUCCGUUUUAUUCACAUUCUUUGAUUAGGCUCGCCGAGACUAACAGCGGAUCACUUCGCAUGAGGCUAAGCGUUGGUCUUGGCGAUCCUCCUAUACAUGUCCAUGGCCCAACUAAAGGCGACCCUAUGCUCCUCGAGGAGUAACAAGGAAUAAACUAACGGUUUACAAUAAACCGGAGACAUUUGUAUGUACUUAAACUAAAUAAAGGUGGAUGCUUAUUCUUGGUUUCUACAUUUUACUCCCGGGGCAACAUUUCACCUCGCUUCAUAGCUACAGCUCCCUGAGUGUAACUAUUAAAGUUAUUUAAGGUGACCCUGGCUUGUUUACCGGCGGAUUUAUAAAUUUACAGUCCUUCCACGAUGAUUGCUGUCAUAAAUCAUAAAGAAUUUUAACCGGAAAAUACGCUCUAGUUAUGUCAUUCAAGGACGGUUGAUUCUGUAGUAAAAUUGUUUACACCACCAUUAUAUUGUAGUUUUCAGAAAUAAAUUACGGUUCUGUACCGACUACAAUCUCGCCGGGGAAAUUAGAAAUAAAUAUUUAAAUACAAACAUUUGACUUCAGACAAACAGUACGGUAUUUCGAAAACUGAAACUAAUCGCUGUGGAAAAUGGUAACUGAUGAUGACAGUAAUGACGGUAAUGGAGGCCGAGUGGUAUUUAUACUGUGGGAGAUCGCAUCUGGCCUGUAGCUACAACAUCGGAGGAUACACGGACAAGUCUGUGUUGAGCCCACUGAUUGUUGAAACCAGAAAACCGACCCACCGACAAAAUUUUUGCCCGGGAGCUUCUUGAGAGAGGAAAUGGUGAAAAUAACAGUUUUCGUCUUGGAGGCAGCUCUACUUCUCCACUUGAGUACCACGACUUUAACUCUAAACUACACACGCGUAGUUCACACAACCUUGGGUCCCAUCCGGGGCCUGGUGAAUGUCGUUGGUGACAAGACGGUGAACGUGUUUUGGGGAAUCCCCUUCGCCAAGCCCCCGACCGGUCCUCGGCGCUUCAAACACCCCGAGCCUCCUGAACCAUGGAGCGAGGUGAAAGACACUGUAACCAAGCCCAACUCCUGCUUUCAGUCCAUCGACACCAGCUUCGGCCAAUUUCAAGGAGUACAGGCGUGGAUUCCCAAGACACCCUUGAGCGAAGACUGUCUGUACCUAAACGUGUGGGUACCCCAAGGGUUUUCGACUCCACCACGGGCUACCAUGGUUUGGAUCUACGGUGGCAGUUUUUCGUCAGGAGCCUCCACCCUAGACAUCUACGACGGUUCGAAACUGGCGGCGACGGAAAACGUCAUCGUUGUGUCGUUGAAUUAUCGCGUCGGUUCUCUAGGCUUCCUUUACACAGGUAAUGAUGACGCGCCAGGUAACCAAGGCCUCAUGGACCAGACCAUGGCACUGAAAUGGGUCCACGACAAUGUUGGCUUCUUCGGAGGGUCAAAGGACACGAUUACUAUUUUUGGAGAAAGCGCCGGGGCUGGAAGCGUUGGGUUACAUCUCCUGUCACCAUUAUCAAACGGAUUUUUCUCCCGAGCAAUCAUGGAGAGUGGAGGUCCCUUGAACAUCUGGGCUGUGCAGCCGAGAACCCUUGCCAUUGAGCGAGGGAAAAAGCUGGCAAGCUUACUUGGAUGUCCAUCGAAAUUCUCGAGAUUAAUGCUUCAUUGCCUGCAACUGGCGAAUGUCCAGACUAUAACCGACACCAUGGAGUACCUAUCAGACGAUCUAGUAGUGCUUGGUCCAGUUGUCGACAGCUACUUUCUUCCCAGAGAACCUAAAGAUCUUAUCGCCAGUGGAGAGAUUAAAGACACGGAAGUGAUUAUUGGCGUAAACAAAGAUGAAGGCAUAUAUUUUCUUCUCUACAUAUUCCCGGAAGGCUUUCCUCUCUCAAACGAAGGAGUCCUGUCAUUCUCUGACUUCAAAGAAGUUGUCAAGGCUUUAAAUUUCCGUGGCGACAACAAGACCGACAGCGCCAUCAUAUCCGAAUACUACGACAAUGUUCUUCCUUCCCAGAGGGAAUCUCUCAGAGACAUCGUUGACGACAUCAGCGGAGACGAUUUCUUCAAGUGCGACAUAGUGGACUUCGCCAACGAAUACGCAAAGAACCAUGAUGUUUAUCUGUAUUCCUUUGAGCACCAGCUGUCGAACUUGGCAUGGCCAAAAUGGACCGGAGUCAUGCAUGGAUACGAAAUAGAAGCUGUCUUUGGAUUACCGCAAGAGUACAACUACACGAUUGAAGACGAAUCGGUUUCAUCUCGAAUGAUGUCCUACUGGACUCGCUUUGCACAGAGAGGCAACCCCAAUCAUGACACGAUCACAUGGCCCAAGUUGACAUCAGAAGGACUGGAAUAUUUGAGAUCGCCGGAGAGGGCGAUUCGGUCAGAAGUGGGCUUCGUCAUCAACAGUGCAGCUUCCGGCGGCGCGUUCUUCCGCUUCUGCGCUGUUGAUUGAUGGAAGAGAUGGCAACCUUCCUUCGCAAACAGGACAUGAGGCCAGGAGCAACUUUGACAAAUAACAACUGUUCUUCAUGCAGCUUGUAGUGACUGAAUGCUGCAGCAAUGAGUGGAUCGUAUGGUCGAUUUGGCAGAAGACCGCGACUGUAGACUCUUACCAUCCGGACACCUAGACUAUUCGAUAAGUAACUACGACAUUUAUCUUUGAGGGCAGGGAGUGUCUUAGCUGUCUUAGUCUGAACUACUUGCGAAGAAGGAAUCAAACACUGAAGUAUUCAAUGUGCGUUUAAUCCGCUGAUGUGUCAUCUGGGGUCAGGGAUUUACUAAACAGCUUUCUCUGAGAUUAACACACCUUUCUUUAACUAAUUAGUUAAUAAGUAUUUUAAGAUAGCUGCAACGUGAUUUGCUGAUUGUUAGGAGAAGGAUGUUCUCGAACUAUCUUUCACAUUAUUUACCUCAAAAUGUCCAAGAACAGGCAAUGAGCGGUUACUUCGGCAGUGUACAUGGUAUAGCUAUAUAUAGCUUCUUGCAUUAUUAUUACAAAGGCAUUGUCAUCAAUUUUUUAAACUAAAUAAAUUCUUGUUUAUUUAAUAAUAUUCAAAUGUGCCCAGAAAAGUCUUCUUAGCUUUCUUCCUUUGGGUCUCAGCUGACGUUUGGUAGUUAAAAUAAAGUUCUGGUUGCGAAGAUACAAUAAAAGGCGACGACUGUCCAGGUGAUGAUGCCAAAGAAGAUGGCAAAGCCAAAGAGAAUCCAGACGAUGACGAGUGAGUGGCGCGCGUGCUCGAGUUUGUUGUUGAGGACGUCGAUGCGAGCCUGCAACAUGGACAGCGAGAUACACAUGGACUUUACAUUCAUGUGUUUGUUGUUUGGGCUGCUCACCUUCUUUUGUACUGUGCAUUAUGUAUUAGAAAUACAGAAAAAGAGGGAGAAAAAAAACGAGAGAGAUCUCAGUAGUACAUUCUUAUUAAAGAAACUUUGACCCCUCCAAUUCCUAAAUUAAUAAUAAAUAGCAAGGUAGUACAAAAGA